CACGCAACAUCACCAAAAGCCUCGCACAUUAAGGACAAAUUUCACAAAGAGCAAUUAGAAAUGCUUCUGGAGUAUUUGAUCUUUGCUCUGAUUAUGUUUUCUAUCUCAGAGGGUCGCCAGGAGGUGCAGGAGCUGUUUGCGGAGUCCAACUCCCAAGUUCUUCUCCCAUGUAACUGUUCUCCAUCACCCACCAUCGCCUGGACCAAAGACAACCAAGGCACUGUGUGGAGACAGGAGAAGAGCGGCUUGCAGUUUUGGGGCUCGAGAUGGUUGCAGCGAGGUCAGCAGCGUGUCCGAUGCCCCCGCUGCCAGAUGCGAGGAGGCGACUGCGGCCUGCGAAUCAGCAACGUCAGGGAGCAGGACGGAGGCCUGUACGCUUGCACGUUUCUGAGCGGAGGACACGUCAUCACGCGCUCGAUCAUGCUGAGAGUCAUCAAAGUGUCUUUCUCUCCUACGGCCCCGAUUGCCGGGGUGCAUGUUUCAAUCAGUUGCAGUGUGACACCUUGGCCUUCAGGUGCCACAGUGCAGUGGAGAUUGAACAAUGACUCGUUUGUGCCUUCGCGCCCUUUGACCCCUCCGUGGACCGUGGAGAAAAAGGCGAAUGUGCUCUUGGCAGGAGAGUGGACUUGCGCGGUGGUCAGCGGAGGCACACAGGGCCGAGCCUCUGCGGCUUUAAAUGUGAGAGGAAUCAUCCAUCCAUCCAGAGAUGACACAAAGGUCUAUGCGGCGGCGGGAUCUGCAGCCACGCUCCCCUGCGUGUUCUCCGCCGGUUUAAACCCGUCUGAGGCCACCUGGCAGAAACUCAAGCCCGACUCUCUCUCCAAACCAGCUUCUGAUCCCCUUCCUCCCUCCUUCUGCUCUUUCUCCCCCACUUAUCGGCCUACUUGGGACCAUUCGGCCGGUUUAAACGAAAUUGGUCUCGGGGAUGACGGAACGUACGUGUGUGCCGGGGUUGUUGAAGGACAAAGCCUGUCUCGGAAAGUGCAGCUGAUUGUGGCUAAAAUUGAUCGCAGCAUCACACGGAAGGAAACGGUCACACUGACCUGUCAGCUGACGGACACGAGUGAGGUCACCCGCUACCAGUGGGUCCGCGUUACCUACGACCUCAGCGGCACCCGCUUGGUGAAAUCCAUCCAGGAGGGAAAGACUCUCCGCGUAAGCGAGGUGUCCCACGAGGACGGGGGCGAAUGGGUGUGUCAGUUUUACGGCACAGAAGGACGCCUGGGAAAUGUAACACAUGGCAUCACUCCUCAAUCGGGACAUUUGAGUGGCUCAACAAGUCUGUCAUACACCGCCUCAGUUGCGCUCGGUGUAAGUGCUUUCCUGGUUCUUCUGGUUCUGAUUCUGGCUCAGAUGUACAAGAACCAACAAAGGAGAAAAACAAUCUUUCAGUACACCACAAUGGAGUCAAUCCUGCACGCUAAGUCCAACGAGCGUGAGGCGAGAGAACGUGGUCUUGAGAAAAAGGGAAGGCACACUUAAACCUGAGCCAUGUGACCUUGCACUAAACAGAUAAACAGAGAUUUUAUUGAAAAACAGCCAGACAGCGCUCGAGCAAUUUUCUUGUAUUUUUCACACUUUUGUAUAUUAUGUGCUCUUACCGUUUUUCAAUGUUUGCAUUUCUGGAUAAAGGUAAUACCAUAUUCUUUUCACUUGUACACCCUUUCAUAAUUUAUUAUUACACAAUAAAAAACUAGAAAAGCUUAGAUUCUUUCGGAAAUAACUAGUAACAAAAAUAUACAGUCAAUCAUAAAAAUAAACUGUUGAAUUGUAUUUACACAAUGACAACACAUGCAGUACGUGUAUUACCAACAUAAAUAAGUGACAUGAAUUUACACCCACUGUAGAACCGUUUGUAAGUAAAAAAAAGUUUGUCAUAUUAAAACUGGUGAUAGAUGUCAUCUUAUAUUGUUGCCUGGGUUCACUCAGCAUCUCAAAUGAAUAUUUCAGUAA